UCAGUUCGUAGCUCAGUUCUAUCGGGAACGUGGGACCAAGUGGAAGUCUCAUCAUCAUUAUUAUCAUCAUAGCGUUGGCGCAUGUGCAAGGAGACUCCAAAAUUCCAUCCAAUUGACCAGAUUUCAUCUGUUCCAUGUGUGCCGGCGAAGGAUGUCUUUGAGUCAGUCCCAUUGGGUACUGUUCUUAUUGCUGUGGCCAUUGUCCCUCUCCACGGUUGAACGGCAUGCUUGCGGGCAGAGCGAGUCUUGAAUUGACGGCAUCCAGUGCUCAAACUCCGUCGAGGUGUGCCUUAUACUCGUUGUAAGGAUAUGCAUUGAAGAUCAAAUCAGAGGGUAUGGGCGACUUCCUGCGAUCCGCUUGGAUCGCCAUCAUCCAGUAUGAGACGCCAAGAUUGGUCAAGAUCCACAACCGCAAAGUGGGCUUGGUACGACGCAUAAUCCAGGCUGGGAUCAUCAUGUAUGUGGGCGUGUAUGCUCUCUACCUUCAGAAAGGCUAUCAAGAGUUUGGCCGGGUCGAGUCCAGUGUGACUACCAAGAUCAAAGGUGUCAUCCGUUCAGAACUCGACCCCGACUCCCACGAUGACCCUUAUUCCAUACACAAGGACUUCCCUAAAGCUCUGAAUGCUCAUGGGCGAAACUGGUUCACCAAUUUGAAAGCGUUGUACACGCGGAUCUGGGAUGUGGCAGAUUACGUCAUUCCGGCGGCGGAAAAUGGAGCCUUCUUUGUGGCCACAAAUGUCAUCAUAACUCCCAACCAAACGAGGGGUCUCUGCCCUGAAGAUAACAACGAUGUCAAAGGUGUAACGUGUGAGCCAGAUGAGUCCAACUGUGAUCUAUUUGAAGGGAAGGUUCGUCUCUCCCGGCCAAAGGUCAAACCUACCGCCCCAGACCUCAAAACUAGAAUCGAGUUUGAGGCCAUGGAUUUGCUGUUUUCCAACGAAACCACAGAGGACGAGGACAACGGUAUGAUGAAUAAAACCAACUCACAACCAAUGACUGUCACCGAGACAAACGCACUUAUUGGCACCAGGGCUCCUCUCACCACCAGAACCGCCACAACCCCUCUCUCCACAGCGUUUCGUCCGCUUCUGACACGCAAAUGCCACGGGAAAUCGCGAGCCUGUCCCAAAGGAAAGAUUGUAUACAAAGCCCAUGGGCCAUUAACCGGUUAUUGUGUACCCACAGACAGGCCCAAUGCUCGUCCCGGUGUUCAUUCUUGCGAGGUCGAGUCUUGGUGUCCGAUUGAGGUGGACCGUUUACCUUUGGGCAAGAAACGUGCCCUGAUGGCCGAUGCGGCCGACUACACGGUGUUCGUCAAAAACUCGGUGGCUUUUCCAUAUUUUGGGCCACAGUUCGUCCGGAACAACCUGAUCUCGAACAAUGGCCGCCCUUGCCUUUUCAAGAAGGAUCGGCCGGAUCCCGGAUGUCAGAUUUUUCGCUUGGGAGACAUGGUCGAACUUGCCGGAGGAAAUUUCAGCCACAUGGCCAUCAAAGGAGGCGUGGUGUCGUUGUCAAUUGCUUGGCAUUGCAAUUUGGAUUAUGAUUUCAUGCAGUAUUGUCUGCCCAAAUACUCAUUUCGAAUCCUGGAUGAUUUUGGAUGGAACUUUCGUCAUGCCAAAUACCACGAAGAGCACAGACGAAGCCUUUACAAGUUGUACGGCAUCAAGUUCAUCAUUACGGUGGAAGGUCGGGGUGGAAAGUUCAACUUGAAGAAUAUGAUCCUCAAUAUUGGUUCUGGCUUGGCUCUCUUGGGAGUGACCACCAUCAUCUGUGACUUUCUCUUGUUAUAUGUCAAGGAGAGGAGAGUCGUUAAACAGAAGAAAUAUGAUUACGUGACCCCUGAGCAUCCCAAGCCAACUAGUUCGAACGGGAAAAAAAACGGAGACGCAAGCACCGAGAAUCCCAAUCUCAAACUGAUUCGAGACAAUUCGGAACAUUCCGUUCUCCGAGGAAUCAACCGAGAAGUGUCCACCAUGUCAUCACUAGCCCCUCUCGCCUCGCAAGAACAUAUUGAACUACAUGUGAAAGAUUAAGAAUGCUUUGGUUGUUCAAUGCGCACUUCACAAAAUAUAUAUUCUAUGUCUUUCCUGGUCA